CAAAUCCCUCCCCCUUUCCCAUCAGAUCUAUCCGCUCCGCUCCACUCCGCUCCGCAUACUGUGGACGGUGCCGUAUUAUAUUCUGAAAACUGUCGCUGCUAGUUGGGGUUGGUGUUUAUUCCAUGACUGGUUUUCAUGUGCAUGGAUGGAUGCACUUGCUGGUGGCUAGGCAUCUUUCCUGUAUAUGAAUUGGAUCAUCUUUAACGUAUUUGUGGUUCAAGUUUUUUUCAUAAAUGUUUUCUCAGUUGGAUCUGUUAGUGUCCACAUGUUAUGUUGUAUCUGAAAAACUUCACCAGAUAGCUUGUUGACAAAGAUGGAUCCUUGUAUCACAUUCUUUUAGAAUGAUGCUAUAUGUAGGUGUUUGAAUGAACUAGAGCUAAUAGUUAACUAUUAAAAUUAGUUGAAAACAUUCAAAUAAUUUAACUAAUAGUUUAGCUAUUAGCUACUUUUAGCAAAUUAGCUAAUAGUUAGCUAGCUAUUUGUUAGCUAGCUAAUUACACUAGUAAUUUUUUGCCAACUAAGGCCCGUUUGGUUUGGUUUGGUUUGCAGUGACUAAACUUUAAUCAUUUUUAGUCCAUAAAGAAGCAAAUAUGGUGACUAUUGUGGGGUAACUAAACUUAAAUUCUUUAGUCACCAAGAUAGUGACUAAAAGGGACUAAAGUAGGAUUUUUACCUCAUUUGCCCUCUCCUCUUUCUUAGUGCAGCAGGCAUCACUAAUUAAUAAGAGUAAUGCAGUCAUUAUUCACGUCAAUUAAUGUUUUUAGUCAGGUUUAGUCACUGAAACCAAACAGAGUACUUUAGUGACUAAACUUUAGCCACCAAAGUUUAGUCAGGCGAAUAUAGGAACCAAAUAUGUUCUAACUAUUAGUUCUAGUUUAUUUAAACAGCACUGAGUAUCCAUCUCACGUGAACUUUGCUGCCCGGAGGAAACUGAUGCAUUGUCUACCAAACGUAGAGACUAGUAGAGAAAUAAGUAACAAUAGUCACAACUAAAGGGUACGGCUGGUUUUUUUUCAGUUGGGUGGAAGAUAUGUAUAACAAUAGCUAUAGGUAUGGGAAAUAGAAUAGAAUCAAAUUAAGCAGUGGCAAAAGAACAAAUUUAGGAUUUUUUUACUUUAUUCUUUUUUUUGGUACUGCCAAUUCACUUUAUUCUUUCUUCAUUUGACGUUGAGUUAUGCCAAUUAGGAUUUGUUUUAGCCGAAUGGACAGGUGCUCUGCUGCUUCAUCAAGUAAUAUUUACAGGAGGCUAAAGCAAUAUUUACAGGAGGUUAACAAUUAGGGUUUUGGUUGUGGCAACUGACAAGUAAGCAACAAAAAUUGCAGCCGGGCUCUAUUCAUCUUACUUGAAAAUGGAUUCAGAUUAGUAGCUCGCAUGUAAGACUUUUAUGCCUUAUGCCAAACUGCUCGGACAGAUUAAGAAAUCUAGCUCAGAAUAACCUGUGCCAUAACUUCUCGCUACUAUUUUCAGUUGAGUUGGUUAGCCGCCUUGAAGAGUUGGUAAGUGGAGUUGGCCACCUUCCGGAGCAUCGCCCGAGAUGCUAUCGGGCGAGUCGGAAUUGCGCUGCUUGUCCGAGGUUGGCCUCGGGCGAGCCGUGACCGCGUCUCCCGCCCGAGGAUGGCCUCGGGCGAGUGGUGAUUGCGUGUUUCCCCCGGGGUUGGCCUCAGGCGAGUCGUGACUGCGUCUCCUGCCCGAGAUUGGCCUCGGGCGAUUCGUGAAUGCAUCUCCUGCCCCGAGCGUUGGCCUCGGUCGAGUCGUGACUUAGGUCUCUCGUGCCUUGGUAAGGUUGGUCCCACUCGAGGGCUCGACCCCCUUGGGGCAUCUCAUUGAGUCCUUCCUUAUUCGAUCCUUUAUUGGCCCUUUGGUUGGUCUCGCCGACCAAAGAGGAGCCCGUGGCCACCCCGUCUGCCCGGUUACCGCAGGAGAAUGUGAGGUAUGACCUUUAACAUGGGCACGAGCAAAUGACCUAUAGGCCGGUCACCUAGCUUGUGGCUCACUGGAAGCCUGCUCGGUCCACCCCUCGCUCUACGUGAGAAGUUGGAGGUGAGUUUUGUUUUUUUACAUGGUCGAUAUGAGGUAGUUACUAUGGCGGCGCGGUAAAAGAUGUGACCGUCAUGACAUCGUUCGACGUGGGUGGCUUUAUGGGACGUGAAACGACCCGUUCACCAUAUCGUGCGCAGGUGGCGUGAUGGGGUCAGUGCAGCGACCACCUACUUCUCUUCUUUGAGACAUGCAACAGUGACGACAAGUCACUCUGGCUCGGGCCACAAACGGGAGGAAGCGAGGAGUUAGAGGAGGGAACACGGUGGAGAAUGGAAGUCGACGAGAAGGGGGAGGGAUGCCGCCAGGGCAGUAGGGGCAGGCGCCUCCCUCGGCGUGACGACGGAUGCCACAAUGGAUGGUGUCGCUCGACGAUGGGGAUGGCGUCAGCGUCAUUAGGGCCAGGGCAGGCGUAGACGACGCGCUGCGUCUGCAGGGGCGAGGGGGAGGGGCUCUUCAUGACAGGCAUCGUGGGGGUGUGUGGCGGACGAGGGCGGGCAGCACAGAGGUAGGAGAGUGGGGGAGACGAUCACACGAAUAUGGGGUGGACGAGACGAUCAUACGGUCAGGGUAGAGUGGGGGGCGUAGCCAUGUAUCACCAGACAACCUCUAGGCCACAGCAGAGGCCAUCUACCCGACAACCUCACCAGAUCCACGCGGUCUUACCUGACCUGCCUGUCUCGCCGAUCGCGAGUACACGCCGCCGCGCCCGCGGAAUCCAUCUUCUCCAUCUCCAACUGUGCUACUGUAGGAGCUGUUGCAAUCGGGGAGGAAACGCGACCAGUUUGCCGGCACCAACACGGCCCUGCUGCCACGCUCCGGCAUCUUUUUCCGUUGUUCUUUCAGGUGCGCCAAAUAACCCCUCCUCUUGUCUGACUGCUAGUCAGGGUUGGGGACUGAAAACUGUCGCUGCUAGUUGGGGUUGGGGACUCUUGAUAUGGGCAUGAACUUCCGGCAAGGAUCGGUCCGGGUCCGGCCUACUCUCCCUUAGUUGCUAUGUAUUUUUCCUGCAUAUGAAUUAGAUUAUUUCAUCGUAGUUAUGAUUUAAGUUUUUUUCCAUAAAUGUAGUAGGGUAAUUAGAAAUAAGUAAAUAGUCACGCGUAGAACCAAAAUACAAAAUUUUUGCUUGGAUUCUCUUGCAGGAAAAACUACUCACGGUCAACAAUCUCGCCACCAGUGGGUGGCCUCAUCAGCCGUCUUGUGCCUUCUGCAACGGAACCCUUGAGACUGGUAUUCACCUGUGUCUACAUUGUCCUUUCGCCCGUGCGGUGCGGAGACAAAUCCUGGCUUGGGAAGGUGUAAUCCUCCCUGCCCAGUCUGACCUUGCUUCCGCCACCAACAUUCGGGAAGUGGUGGGAAGCUGCGACUCCCCCACUACCAAAAAAUCAGAAACGCGCUUUCAAUGGAAUCAUGAUUUACACAAUGUGGAACCUCUGGAAGGAGAGGAAUCGCAGGAUUUUCGAAAGCGUCGCCCUUCCUCCGGUCCAAGUCGCCUUAAAAAUUAAAGAAGAUGUUUCACAAUUUAGGCGGGCUUUGCUUCCCAUGUAAUUUUCAUAUUGCUGCUUCCUGCUAGCCUCGAGGAUUUAGGGUGUGGGGCUUAGCCUCCCUUUGAGUGUGCUCAGGUGUGGCUUGUCCGGUCUCAGAUCGUUGUUUGUACUCUCUAUACUCUUUGCCCUAAAUGAUGGGCAGAGCUCCUGCCGUUUUUGUUCAAAAAAAAAUAGUCACAACUUUAUGGUGCUGCUGAUUUUUUUUCCUGUCGAGUGGAAGAUAUGUAUAGCAAUAGUUUCAAAUAUGGGAAAAGGUAUAGAACCAAAUUAAGCAGUGACAUGGUCGCAUGGGGUAUCAUGAAUUUGAGUCGAGUCAGUGAACAAUCUCUACUACUCCUUAAGAGGGUAAGGAGGGCGUCCACCACCUUCACCACGGCUCUGCCCUCCUCCCCCGCUAAUCACCACGCCGCGUCCCCCCACUAAUCAGCACGCCGGGCGUGGCCCCGUCUUCGUCCCGCUAAUCUUGCCGUGGCCUCGAUGGAAUCGUCGCGGCAUCCAUACCGCCCUCGCCCUCCCGCGCAGAUCCCCCAUUCUCGCGCCCCCUCCCUCCUCACCCCCAGAUCCGCUUCCUCGACAUCGUCCAGAACCUACAUGGCCCCCACCUACGCAAAUUCAUACACCCCCGAUCACAUCAAAACCCCACCUUCUCACCCUUAGAUCUGCGUGUUCCGGCUCAUCAGGUGGCAUGUAUUUGCGUGCGCAGGUGCAGGACUGCUUUGAGCUCUCGAUGGAGUACAAGAACCACUAGGACGAGGCUCAGCUUGGCGAGCUCGGGACCUCGUUCAUAGGCGUGCUCCCUAUUUUGGAUGUGAAGUAGGCAUCUUUGUAAUAUUCGGCUUUGAUUCGUCAACGGAGAUUAGAAGACCUAGGAUGGGAUUUGAGGAAAUCUAUCUAGCACAUUUAUAGAUUUAUUGUUCAGCUGCUAUAUGAGAGUGAUUUUGGAACCCUGUGCUUCUGCAAAAGACGAACAAAUCAAAAGGGUGAUCAUCUCGGUGCCCACCAAACCUCAACAACCAAGUUUCAUGUCUAAUCUCGACGUUCAGCUUCCAUCUGCUUUGAUCUGUUUGUUGAGGCAAAUGCUGAGGCUCUGGUGUUGGUCCUGGAACGAAGGAUUACGUGCAUGUGCGCAUCUAAGAGCGCAAUGAUAGAAAGACUUUGACUACAGUCCAGGGUCUGAAUAAAGAAUCCAGUUAUAACAAGAUCCUCAAGGAUCUGAAGAAGGAAUUCUGCUGCAAUGGUACUGUAGUUCAGGACCCAGAGCUAGGCCAGGUCAUUCAGCUCCAAGGUCCACCAUAGUGCAGCAAUUGCCCGUGUGUAUUUCCUGUCUCAGAGGCGGCGGCGCCAAGAUCCAGCCCAAGGAGCAGCAGAAGCAAGUAAGGAAAGUGAUCAGAAAAGUGGCUAGCAAUCGGGCUGCAGCAAGCAACUGGACGAUGAUGGCUUCCAGGCAGUCAGAGAACAAUGCACAAGAAGAAACAUCACCAUUGACGACUCCUAACGCCAACAUAGCCAGGAUCAUCCCUUCGCUGCCCCUCGAGACCAGGUGGCCACCGUUCCCUCUCCGACGGUACGCCAAUUUUUGGCUGCCUGAGGUAGCAUUGAAGGAAGGCGUCCCCGGCGUUCAUUCCUGCUUCGAGCCGAGACCCACCGACGUGUUCCUCGCAAGCUUCCCCAAGUCUGGCACCACCUGGCUCAAGGCCCUCGCCUUCGCGACGCUGAAGCGUUCCACGCAUCCGCCGUUCGACGACGACCAUCCGCUGCGCCAUUGCAACCCUCAUGACUGUGUCAGGUUCCUCGAACUUGAUUUCAACCAGCAGAAGGAUGAGCUCGAGGCGCUCCCGUCCCCGCGUGUGCUGGCCACGCACCUCCCCUACUCCCUGCUGCCCGGCAGCAUCACCGGCGACGGAGAGCGCUCGGGGUGCCGGAUCGUCUACGUUUGCCGGGAACCCAAGGACGUGCUGGUCUCCUCCUGGCUGUUCACGAGAAAGGCAGCGCCGGCUUGUGGGGUUGACGCCCGGUCGUUCACGAUCCAGGAGGCCUUGGAGCUGUUCUGUGAUGGCCGCUGUCUCGGCGGCCCACAGUGGAACCACGUCCUCCACUACUGGAAGGAGAGCGUGAGGAGGCCUGACAGGGUGUUGUUCCUUCGUUACGAGGAGGUGCUGAUUGAGCCCGAGGCGCACGUCAGAAAGCUGGCCAAUUUCAUGGGCUGUGGAUUCUCAGAGGAGGAGGAGGAGCGCGGGGUGGUGAGCGCCAUCGUGGAGCUGUGUAGCUUGGGGAAGCUGAGAGACAUGGAGGUAAAUAGAAAUGGAAGCACUUUGUUGGGGAUCAAGAACGAAAGCUUCUUCAGGAAGGGAGUUGUUGGGGACUGGAGCAAGCAUAUGACGCAGGAGAUGGCGCAGAGGCUAGACAAGGUCGUAGAGGAUGCAUUGCAAGGGACUGGAUUCACCUUUGCGAGCACAGCAUGAUGAGGCAGUGCGCUCAUAGUAGUUGCGAACUACAGAAUAAUGCCAAGGUCAACUCGUUUUAUUGGUGUUGCUGGUUGGAGAUCAUACCAGUCAUGGUGAGCAUUCUUCUUUGGUGAUGAAGGGGGAAAUAUGGACAUCAUCUUAUCAUUUAACGAAAAUUGAUUUGUGUACAAUUCAUUUGUAUAACUUUGUUACAAACCAUAUGUUGUGGCACCUUGGCACGCCAAAACCAUAUGCAUUACUGUGUAAGAUUUGUCAUAAAGCCAUGUAUCAUCAUUGAUAUAUUAUCGAUUAAUGUUUGGAGAAGCUACAAUUGAUUGCAA